CCCUGCACCCCAUCCCUCUCUCCCUGCAACUGGACCGCUAUUUAAACACGUUUGCCUCCUGUACUUAUACGCUCAUCUGCUCAGUACGAAUGAGGGAGAGUGUAAACUAAUAGUCCUUGAAUAUGAUGAUUUUUCCAGUCAUUGCCUUUUCAAUCAUUUGUCUAGCAACGUCUACCGAUUUUUGCUAUGACGAGGGAUACUGUGACCCGUAUGCAUGGGGAUACUUCUUCCCUACCUGUCACCCUCUGUUGGAGUCUCACCACUCGCCCAUUGACCUGAGCUAUGAUGUGACCAGAGACGAGGCUCUGGAACCGCUGCGUCUGGAGGGCUUUGACUCAGUACAGAAAGGGCAGUGGAGGCUACGCAAUGAUGGACACACAGUGGUCCUGGAGGUGGGCAGUGGGAUGAAGGUCAGUGGGGGGGGACUCCCCGGCACGUACAGCACCCUCCAGCUGCACUUCCACUGGGGCAGCCUGGCCACCAACGGCUCAGAGCACACCAUACACUCACACAGAUUCCCCAUGGAGAUGCACAUAGUAAAUAUGAAGUCCACUCACCCAAAUCUGACCUCUGCCAUGGAGGACCAAACAGGCCUUGCAGUUCUAGCUGUGUUUAUUGAUGUGUCCUACGCUGAGAGUGUGAGCUUCAGCCCCAUCACCAAGGCCUUGACAUCAGUGGCACAUAAAGGUCAGAGUGCCGUUGUCAGGCCGUUCCCUCUGGCCAAUCUGCUCCCUCAGGACCACCUGGGCCUCUACUACCGUUACCAUGGCAGCCUGACCACCCCGCCCUGCUCACAGGUGGUGCUGUGGACCGUAUAUGAGGUUCCAAUGAUCAUCUCUUGGUCUCAGUACGAGCAGUUUGCGGUUGGAGUUUUCUCCACAGAAGAGGAGGCCGACCAGGACGUCCUUCUCCAGAACAACUUCAGGCACGUGCACCCCACCUACAGUCGCCGGGUCCUCGCCUCCAGGGAGGCCCAUCUCCUCGGGGCGGCCUGCCCAGCAGCACCUCCUCACUCUGGGGUUCUCCUGCUUCCCCUCCUGCCUCUGCUCCUCAGCCACCUGGAGCCUACCUCCUGACCAGCCCUGGGCCACAGAGAGGCGCACCAGACGCAGGCCAACUCCGUACCGGGUUUGGACCGGACACACAUCACCUUGAAGGCAGUGAGGGGGCAGGGCUAUGAAGGGGUUGUUUCCAUGGAUACCAUACACAUCACACACAAGCAGCUGACACUGGAAUGCAUCUGGUUUUGAUCUGAAUCUGAUCUGGAUCCUGAUAUUUACGUGAUCUGGUUCCAAUUUAGUCCUGAUCCAUUACAUAAACUAGGCCAGACCUGGUCCCGAUCUGGUUGUGUUCUCUACCUGAUCUGAGUCAGCUUCUCUCUGGGGUGCAUGGGCCUGGAGACAAAGAAGCCUAUUGGUACAUAAACCGUCACGGCCAGGGUGACCGUGAAGCCAGGAUGACCGUGACGCCAGAGUAAAGACCACAGAACCCUUACAAGAAACAUGACAUAACUUAGCUGCUUGGUUUUAGGUCGGCUUUGUUUAGAAUGAAUAAACUUGAAUAAACAAAU